AUGGAAUUUCUUCGCUCUCUCAACCCAAAAUCAUGGGUCUGUGCAGUACUAUCUCUGUCAUGGCUGACCAGGAUUCUGGUGUUUUGCGUUUUUGUCUUGGACGCUGCGCAAGGACAGGUCCGUUACUCUAUUCCCGAGGAAAUGACGAAAGGCUCGCUUGUAGGGAAUAUAGUUCAGGACCUUGGUUUGGACACAAAGAGGCUAAAAUCUGGCCGAGCGCGGAUUUUUACCGAGGACAGUCGUGAGUAUAUUGAUUUGAAUGCAGAUAAAGGGACACUGAUAGUGAGAGAGAGAAUAGACAGAGAGGAGCUGUGCGCUCAGAUGUCUCCCUGUUCCUUACAUUUCCAGAUCAUACUAGAGAACCCCUUGGAGUUGCAUCCUGUGAAAAUAAUGAUUCAAGAUCAGAACGAUAACCCGCCUCAGGUUCUCUACCCAGUACAGACUGGUGGCUCUCUAGUAACUGAAAUGGUGCCCCGUUCCGCAGAUGUGGGGUAUCUUGUCACUAAAGUGGUGGCCGUGGACGUGGACUCUGGACAGAACGCCUGGCUCUCAUACAAACUGCUGAAGACAACAGACAGGGCGCUGUUUGAAGUGGGCCUACAGAAUGGAGAAAUAAGAACUAUUCGCCAAGUUACUGAUAAAGAUGCUGUAAAACAAAGGCUCACUGUUGUGGUGGAGGACAACGGCCAGCCCUCUCGCUCAGCUACAGUCAAUGUUAACGUGGUUGUGGCUGACAAUUUUCCUGAAGUGCUCUCGGAGUUCAGUGAAUUUGAGCACGACAAGGAUUACAACAACCUGACUUUUUACUUAGUCUUGUCCUUGGCUGUAGUGUCCUUUCUCUUUAUUGUGUCCAUAAUAGCUAUUCUGUCUGUGAAAUGCUACCGAUGGCAGCAACAUCGCGUGCUUUGCAAAUCCAGUGCCAAUCUUCCAGUUAUACCGUAUUAUCCACCCCUGUACGCAGACAUAGGAGGCACGGGGACUCUCCAGUAUGGGUGCAAUUAUGACGUUUGCAGAACGACUGACUCCAGACAGAGCGAUCUGAUACACCGAAAACCUUGCACUCAGAGCAUCAUUAGUCUGGAAAGCAGUGGAACAAAUACGCUCCCGCAUGCACAGAGGGUAAACCUUCCUAAUGAUGACUCUGAAGAUCAGUGCUCUAAGUGCCGCUGUUGA